AUGUUGCUCUCAAAAGAAGAACGUGAAAAGGCUGUGCAGCCAGAUCCCCAGAUAGUUGAGUAUCUGAAGAAGAACCCACCUGGAGAGCGAUCCCGCGACCCACUGGUCAUGCGCAAAGUCAUCGAAGCAAUGGAGAAAGCAGCGCUCGAGAAGCUCGGUCCAAUCCACGGUGACUUUGAAGAGUUCAUCCACGACAUCGAGAUGCGUGAUGGCUACGUGAACAGCUUGAAGGUGAUUAAGCCUCGCCACCCAACGCCUGGCCCACUGGUAGUCCUGGCGUUUGGUGGUGGGUUUGCCGCCGGGAGUAAGGAUCAGCUCACGGACGAAGCUCGCACCAUUGCGAAAGUCUUUGAGGCGACUGUGGUCAACAUUGAUUAUAGGCUUACUCCCGAGAACAAGUUCCCCACGGGACAGCUCGAUGCAUGGGAUAGCUUGAAGUGGAUUGCGGAAAAUACGACUGGAUCAAUCCUCAAUGCCGACCCAACGAAGGGAUUCAUCAUGGGCGGUGUCUCUGCUGGAGGCGCCAUCACAGCCGUCCUCUCACGCAAGUUCCAAGAAGAAAAGAUCGCGCAUCCGUUUACGGGGCAAUGGCUCGCAGUGCCGACUCUACUCGACGAUGACAUUGUGCCAGAGAAGUACAAAGAGUACUUCAUCUCCGGCGAGCAGAACGCCAAGGUGACUGAAGUCUCCAAAGAGGAGAGGCUAAAGAUGAGACAAAUGGGUGGUUGGGAUCGAAAGUCGGAUCUUGGUUGGGCGGGGAACUCCACGACACCGCUCUCAGGCCAGCCGCGGACGUAUUUUCAGGUUGAUGGGCAGGAUACGCUGCGGGAUGAUGCUUUGAUAUACGAGGAGAUGCUGAAGGAGGCGGGUGUGCCCACCAAGAUCGACUUCUAUCCGGGGUGUCCACAUGCGCAUUGGAUGCUCAUGCCUGGGAUUGAGAUCUCAGACCGUGCCAGAAUAGAUACCAUCGCCGGAUUCGCCUGGUUGCUGGGGAAGAGCGUGUCGAGGGAGGAGAUUGCCAAAGUGCUGAAGAUUUCGUCUUGA